UGAUAUAUGUUGACAGAUAGCUGGAAAUAAUUGGGCAAUGUACACUUACAGUGUUGCUUUCUUUUUCAGAACUGUAAUCAUAUUAAAAUUGACAAUGAAAAAUACUUCCUGUUAAAUAAUAGACUGCAAAUAAAAAAUGCGGACUCUGAAGAUGAUGGAAUGUACACGUGCAGCCUUGAAUUUGUGCACUUUGACAGAAGGUUUAAUGUAACACAGACAAUGGAAUUGAAAAUAGAACUCAUCAAGUUGAUACAGCCAGAGUUAAUGAAUCCUAAAAACAACACAAUUCAAGCAAGACUUGGUUCUGAGCUGAAUGUGACCUGUGAAGCUCAUUUAGGAUCUGGUAAUCUGCAAAUGUAUGGGCUUUCCUGGAUGAAUAUUCCCAAAGAUAAUUUAAGAAUUAAGCAAGGGCCUAAAUUUCGUAAAAAAGGAACUGGUCCUACCUUUAUUAUCAGGAGAACCCUAAUUAUCUCCAAGAUCAUUGAAGAAGACUUUCAAACCAAAUUUGACUGUGUAGCACACAAUUCCCUGGGAUAUGGAAAUACUUUUCUAAAACUUUCACGUCAAUCACCAGAUGGGAUAUAUGAUGUGAUUACAGUCUUCAUUCCACUAAUCUUUGGAUUUCUAGCCUGUUUCGCAAUAUACGUUAUUUUCAAGGUGGAGAUUGUCCUUUGGUAUAGAGAUUCAUUCGCAUCCCCAAAAAUCGUUCAUGAUGGUAAGACGUUUGACGCAUAUGUAAUCUAUCCAAGAUCUGAGAAUAAAGGCUCUUUGGAUAAAUGUAAUUCAAGCUACUUUGCUCUUCACAUUUUACCGCAAAUACUCGAAGAAAAAUAUGGCUACAAACUAUUCAUUUAUGGCAGAGAUGAACUUCCUGGCCAGGCUGCAGCUGAAGUUAUUGAAGAUAAUAUACGGAGCAGCAGGAGACUGAUAAUCAUUUUGACUUGGAAGCCUUCUGCUGAUGAUCAGGCAUACUCUGGAUUUGAACGCCAAGUUGGAUUAUUUGAGGCUUUAAUCCGGAAUGAAAUUAAAGUGAUUCUAAUUGAGUUGGAGAAAUUUGACUGCUUGAAUGACUUUCCAGCAUCCAUAAGACAUAUCAUUCAAAAAAAUGGCACCAUCAAAUGGAAAUCAUAUGAAACAAGUAAACCUAAUGCAGCUUGCUCAAGAUUUUGGAAGCAAGUGAGAUACAAAAUGCCAGCCAGAAACAAGACCUGCAGCUGGGUUCCGUAUGAUUCAGCAACCUACUAAAUGAAUGCAGAGGUGUAAUCCUUGCCUUGUACUUAGUUUCAUGCUCCUUAGGGCUAAAGGAAUCAAGGGAUAUGGGGGAAAAGCAGGAAUGGGCUCGAAGGGCCGAAUGGCCUACUGCUGCACCUAUUUUUCUAUGUUUCUAUGUUAGCCUUCACUGUUAGAAACUUUCAACAUUACAUUAAUAUUCCCAAUUACAACUUGGGAUAGGAUAGUUUUUAGUUUAUUUUUGCAUUUUUUAGUCAUUCUCGGCUUUAUUUCAGUUACAUAUAUAAAGGUACAUUUUAAUCAGGUGGAUUUUCUGCUCUUUGAUGUAUUUUAUGGGCUAAAGGACCCAUUUUCAUGCUCUAUCUUUAACCUAAACAUACUUUAUUGCUCUCCGAACGAAAAUGAUCUGAAAGCUCUUGCGGAACUGAGAAAAUAAACGCUUAUUGUCUUAAAAGAU